GCAAAAUGCAGAUAUAAUGAAUACAGAGAAUCCGAACCUACAAGGUAUUAACUGGCCUCCCAUCCCCAUGUCAGAGGACUGCCUGUACCUCAGCAUCUUCGCGCCUGCACAUGCCCGUGAGGAAUCUAAUCUGCCUGUGAUGGUCUGUAUCCAUGGUGGUGGCUUGAUGGUGGGCUCAGCUUCCAUGUGUGAUGGUUCUAUUCUGGCAGCCAUUGAAAAUGUACUGGUGGUCAGUAUCCAGUACCGCCUGGGAGUUCUGGGCUUUUUCAGCACUGGAGACCAGCAUGCCACUGGCAACUGGGGCUACCUGGACCAAGUGGCCGCCCUACGCUGGGUCCAGCAGAAUAUCGCCCACUUUGGAGGCAACCCUGAUCAAGUCACCAUUUUUGGCGUGUCUGCAGGUGGCACUAGUGUGUCCUCACAUGUGGUGUCUCCAAUGUCCCAAGGACUCUUCCAUGGUGCCAUCAUGGAGAGUGGGGUGGCCCUGCUGCCUGGACUCAUCACCAACUCAUCUAAGGAUGUCUCCACAAUGGUGGCCAACCUGUCUGCCUGUGGGCAAGUAGAGUCAGAGGCCCUGGUGAGCUGCCUGAGGGGCAAGAGUGAACAGGAAAUGCUGGAUAUUACCAAGCCCUUCAAGAUCAUUCCUGCUGUGGUGGAUGGGGCCUUCCUACCCAGGCACCCCCAGGAACUUCUGGCCUCUGCUGAUUUUCAACCUGUUCCGAGCAUCAUUGGUGUCAACAAUGAUGAGUAUGGCUGGAUCAUUCCCAUGAUCUUGGGCCCACCUGAAAUCCAGAAAGACAUAGACAGAGAGACAGCGCAAGCUGUUCUGCAGAGAACAUCAGCACAGAUGAUGAAGUUGCCUGCCGAAUGUGCUGACCUAUUGAUGGAGGAGUACAUGGGAGAUAACGAGGACCCCCACACCCUCCGAAUCCAGUUCCAGGAGAUGAUGGCAGACUUCAUGUUUGUGAUGCCUGCACUCCAAGUAGCACAGUAUCAGAGUGAGUUGUGGCACAGGAGUGGACAGCUGGAUGGGGUUGGCCAGAACCUGGACCCUGGCCUUCCUCCUCCCACAGUUGAGCUCACUGAGGAGGAGAAGCUGCUUGGCAGGAGGAUGAUGAAGUACUGGGCCAACUUUGCUCGAAAUGGGAACCCCAACGGAGAGGGCCUACCCCACUGGCCACUGUUGGACAAGGACCAGCAGUACCUGCAGCUGGACAUCCAGCCUGCUGUGGGCCAGGCCCUGAAGGCACACAGGCUGCAGUUCUGGACCAAGACCCUGCCUCAGAAGAUCCAGGAGUUAAAGGGGGCUGAGGACAAGCACACAGAGCUCUAGCUUCCUCGUCAGGAAGAGAGGGGUGUGCUAGGUAUGAUGGGGUCUUCCUGUGGGGCCCACACAUGCCCACCCAAGAACCAGAGUUGAUUCACUCAUUCACAUAGCUAUCGGUCCAUACACUCUACCAUGGGUCCUCUCUUGUUAGACACACUCAUUAAUUCCCAAUGCAAGCCCACCUUCCUCCUCACCCCACUGUGACUGAGUCCCUCCCUCCCUCCCUCCCCUCUCCUUCUCUACAACCCCAUCUAUGCCCUCUUCCCAGUUGCCACACCCUCCCAUGCUGACAGAGAAGUUUUAGGAAGUGGUGCUGGUACUUUUCUGAACCUCUUGCCCACCUCUCAGCAAGUACCCAUGUUCUCCUACCAGUGGGGUCUCUACAGAAAAGCUGUAUACCACAAGCCCUAGUGUUUUACUCCAUCAGGCCGCUGUGACAAAAACAGCAACAGCAACAACAGCAACAACUCCAAUAAUACCCUAGCUCAGUAUGAUGGCACAUGCCAUAACCCAAGCCACUCAGGAGGCUGAGGGAAAAGAAUUACCUAUGCAGCCCAGGCUGGCCACCUGUGGAGACCUGAGGGUAAAAUAAACUAACAAGUCCUGGGAGAGUAGCUCAGUGGUAGACAACUUGCCAAGCAGGCACAAGGUCCUGGGUUUGAUCACAGUGCUACCACCAAAAUAUCAACAAAUAAAC